UUAUAGCACAUCUGGCAACAUAGAGAAAAAUUAGGAUAAAAGAAAAGCGUUGACAAAACGUUUGACAGCUAAAAGCGCCUGUCUAACGUUUGUCAAAGUAAUUGGAGCCACAGUAUAACAGUAUUAUAAAUUGUACUUUAGUUGGAGCAAGUGGAUGUGGUGUUGAAGUGGAAUAGAUGUUGCGCAAAAAGAAUUAAACUGCUCUGAUAGAUACUAUUAACAUAUUCAGCGGAUUUUUCGGUUUUCGAAUAAGAAAAUUAAAACAAAAACGUGUGCACAUAAAACAAAAUCCGAUGAUAAAAUUGCUUGCUGGUGUUUUUGACGCGUUAAAAAGGAGUAUUUUGCUACAAUCUGCAUGCUAAAUGGUGUGAAAUUUACUUUCUUGCUGUGUAAAGAAAUAAGGCGGAAAUUUAAGAUAAGUGAAUAAAAAAAAUUACAAGGUUUAAUUAGCGUGUUAACGCGUAGAAAAAGAUUAAACGCUUAGAAAUACGUGAAUUUUCUGGACGUAUUCAAGUGAUUGAAGCGUUCUGCCAAAAGGCGUGUGGCAGUAAUUUGGACGUAGUAAAAAAAAACACAAGCCUAGCGGAAGACCAACUGGCGUAAUUGGCAAACAUGGCACCAGCGCUAAGUAAAAUAACACAAAAUCAGAGCGCCAUAGUGGGAGUGGCGGGUGUUUCUGCCGCUCUUUGGAUAAUUGCCUAUGGCAAAAUGUCUAGCAAGCGUAGAAAACCGGGCUAUGAAGACAAAAUACAGUACACAAUUGCGGAGAAGAAGGAAAAAAAGGGCGGCAAAGCUCACGUGAAUGCGGUAUUCUUCAAGCAAUUGAGGCAGCUAUUGCCCAUACUCGUACCCCGCUUCUGGAGCGUUGAAAGCGGUUUGUUGUUAUUGGUGGCCGCCUCGCUGAUCGGUCGCUCUGUCAGUGAUAUUUGGAUGAUACAGAAUGCCACCGUUGUGGAGAGUACGAUCAUACACAUGAAUAAAGAUAAAUUCAAAUCCGCGCUGGUCAAAUAUUUAGCUGCUUUGCCAAUGAUAUCGGUUGUCACAAAUGUGCUGAAAUGGAGUUUGGGUGAAUUAAAAUUGCGAUUCCGUACAAAUUUGACACAUCAUCUGUACAAUCAGUAUCUGAGCGGCUACACGUAUUAUAAAAUGUCCAAUUUGGAUAAUAGAAUAGCCAAUGCCGAUCAAUUACUUACCACAGACAUCGAUAAGUUCUGCGAGAGCGCCACAGAUCUAUAUUCGAAUAUCAGCAAGCCCGUGCUGGACAUAUUUAUCUAUGUCUAUCGCUUAACGGUCAAUUUGGGUGGCAAGACACCUUCAAUACUUAUGUUGUAUUUGCUCUUCGCUGGCAUUGUUCUCACGCGCUUGCGUCGCCCAACCGGUCGUCUAACGGUUGAGGAGCAAAAGCUGGAAGGUGAAUUCCGUUAUGUUAACAGUCGUUUAAUCACGAACUCCGAGGAGGUUGCUUUCUAUCAGGGCAACACACGCGAGAAGCUCACACUGCUGGCCAGUUAUUCGAAAUUGCGCACACAUCUACGUAAAUUCUUGGAAUUCCGCGUUAGCAUGGGUAUUGUCGAUAAUAUUAUUGGAAAAUAUUUCGCGUCUAUUGUCGGUUUUUAUGCAGUAUCAAUUCCAUUCUUCACGGAUAAUCAUCCUUUGUUGUCGGGCGAACACAGUGGUCAACGUUUGCAGGCAUACUACACUUACGGCCGAAUGUUGGUGAAAUUAGCCGAAGCUAUCGGUCGUUUAGUUUUGGCUGGUCGCGAAAUGUCGCGCUUGGCAGGCUUCACGGCGCGCAUGACCGAACUAAUCAAAGUGUUGAGCGAUCUGAAUAAAGGACGAUACGAACGCACAAUGGUAAAUAACGCUUUGAAUGGCGACAAUUGCUUCGGCCCCAACAAGGGUAUUUUGACAUUCAUGGAUAAUAUCAUACGGUUCGAAAAGGUGCCACUUGUAACGCCGAACGGUGAUGUGCUCGUGAAGGAGCUAAGCUUAGAGGUUAAAUCAGGCAUGAAUGUGCUGGUGUGCGGACCAAAUGGCUGUGGUAAAUCUAGUUUAUUCCGCAUACUCGGCGAGCUAUGGCCCACAUGGGGUGGCAAAUUGACGAAACCACCACGUGGUAAACUUUUCUAUAUACCACAACGUCCAUACAUGACGCUGGGCUCACUACGCGAUCAGAUAAUCUACCCGCACACACGCGACGAAAUGUUACGCAGCGGCAAGAGCGAUGAAGAUCUUAUGAAAUACUUGGACAUUGUGCAGCUCACCUAUUUGGAGCAACGCGAGAAUGGACUGAACGCCAUCGAAGAUUGGAUUGACGUGUUGUCGGGUGGUGAAAAGCAACGCAUAGCGAUGGCGCGUCUCUUCUACCACAGUCCGCAGUUUGCUAUCUUAGAUGAAUGCACCAGCGCAGUGUCGGUGGAUGUUGAGGGUAAAAUGUACAGUUAUUGUCGCGAAGCAGGCAUCACGUUAUUCACCGUAUCGCAUCGCAAAUCGCUAUGGACGCAUCACGAUUACUAUUUGCAAUUCGAUGGACGUGGCAGCUACGAGUUCGCACCAAUCGAUCAGGCGAAGGAGCAGUUCGGCUCGUAAAAUCAUAAAAUAAAUAUGCAAUGCAUUAAUUUGUAUGUAGUUAAAAAACCAAUAGGCAACAGCAGUCAAUAAUUGUAAUGUGGAGAACGCAAGUGCUAAGUGAGCACACAAUUAAAGUAAUAUAUUUUUGCGUAUUUUCUUCCAAAAAAUAUCAACAAAAUAAGUGAAGCGUUACAAAGCGCCGUAAAAUCGUAAAAUCAGUUUCAGAAAGGAUCGUAUAUAUUUUAUAUAUUUUUUUUAUUUUAUCACGCUGGCUUCCUCACUUAUAUAUAUUUUCUAUAUUCCCGGCGUUUUUUUUUUCCUUUUUACAUAUUCAAAUUGCCUUUUCGUUCCUAUAAAAGCUCACUUACGACUUGCGCCCCUUCGCUCAUUAUUUACAACCGAUUCCCCGUGUUUACAGUUAGUUGCUUAGGUGUGAAAACUUUUCGUUAGCAUAUUUAAUGGUGAUCUUUUUAGCAUAAACAAUUUAAUUUAAAAGCUUUUAUAAUGCAAUAAUUUUUGUGUUGCUUAAAUAAUAUAAUAAUUUUGUUCUAUUGCUCUCGCUUAACUAAGUUGUGUGUAUGUUUGUAUUUGUAAAUUGGUGCUGGAGGCAAAAGUAAAUUGUAAAAGUGGCGACACUGAACUGCAACAUAUUUUAUUUGUUUUUAGUUAAUUAUUUAAUUAUUAGCGCUGUAGCUAUGUAUGUAUGUAUCAUACUUCCAAAUAUAUAAUUUAUAUCAUAUAUAUUUACCAUUUAAUAUAUACAAUAAUAUAUAUAUAUAUAUAUUUUGCAUAGAGAUUAUUGUAAUUUGCUUUUAAAAAAUGCUGUUUGAGAAAUUUGCUACGCAGCGAAAUGGUGAAAAAAACUUAUUUACAAUCUUAACUGUACUUGUAUACAUAAAAACACUCUUGUAUAUUAAUUAUGUAAAGUAAUAAAAUAAAUCGUGUAAACUAAAAUUAAUAAAUGCUAAAAAUAUUGUAUUCUACGAGUAGUUUUUGUUUCGCAAUUAUGCACUUUGAAAUCUUUAAUAAGGCAAACAAGUUUUACGACAUCUUUUUACUCCGUUGUGAGGCUGAGUGUGAUCCUGCGAGUCAUCUUACAUUAAUCUGGGCCUCUUCUAAGAGAUAACAGUUUGAAAGCACAUUUGCAGAGUACUGUUAACUUUUCAAUAUUUUCAGCAACUACGAUCGCGGUCUGUUAAGUACUUGAGCUACAAAAGAAAAA